AUGGGUCGGUUUCUUCACAGACGUUCCAAAAACUCGGCAACAGAUGUCGAGGCUGCUGCCUCUCAUGGGCAACAGUCGAACGACAGCGACCAAACGAAUUUCCCCAAUCUAGGAGAGUACCCUGCCUUAGACCGAUAUAUUAGCAUCUACCGCGAAGACGCCACCCAGCCGAGCGGUGAUGUCGAAGGGGGCAAGCGCAAGAGAAGAUGGUGGGAUUUCUGGAAAGUGUUUCAACACUUAACAGACAAGGUACCAGCUCAAAAAGUCCAAGAUGUGCCUGAUGCGUGGCUCAAAACUGAGAUUGGUACCGGACUCUCGCGGGCUGCGGUUCUGGAAAGGCGGAAGGUUUACGGAUGGAACGAGCUCACGACCGAAAAGGUCAAUCCAUUCUUUAAGUUCAUAACUUAUUUCCAAGGCCCUAUCCUCUAUGUUAUGGAGGUGGCAGCCCUGUUGGCCGCUGGGCUGAGCGACUGGAUAGACUUCGGAGUCAUCUUAGCCAUCUUGUUCCUCAACGCCUUUGUUGGGUUUUACCAGGAGAAGCAGGCCGCAGAUGUGGUGGCCAGCCUCAAAGGCGACAUCGCCUUGCGUUGCAAUGUCGUCCGGGAGGGGGUCGAGCAGAACAUUUUGUCACGAGAGCUUGUGCCAGGUGAUAUCGUGAUAAUCCGAGAGGGGGACACAGUUCCUGGAGAUGCGCGUCUCAUAUGCGAUUACAACCAUCCCGAGGACGAGGCGCUCUUUCGAGAAUUAGCAGCGGACGAGAGAUUGGGAGACGACACCCACGAAAAGCUCCAGGAGAAAGAAGAGAAGGAGGCAGAGAAGGAGGCAGAAAAUGAGGGAGAGGAAUCAUCGGAAAAUGGCGAACAAAGCAGCCCCAUUAGUUCUCGGUCACCGACCUCAAUUGGUCCCCGAUAUCAUGCCCUGGUGGCUGUUGAUCAAUCGGCCAUAACAGGCGAAUCCCUCGCCGUUGAAAAGUACAUGGGCGAAAUUGUGUACUACACCACGGGCUGUAGGCGUGGCAAGGCAUACGGAGUCAUUGUGGCAUCUGCAAGACGGUCAUUUGUCGGCCGGACGGCGGAACUUGUGCAAGGCGCUAGGGACCAGGGCCACUUCAAGGCUGUGAUGGACAGCAUUGGUACUUCGUUGCUGGUGUUGGUAAUGUUUUGGAUCCUGGCCGCUUGGAUUGGGGGUUUCUAUCACAACCUCUCCAUCGCGACACCUGGAUCGCAGAACCUACUGCACUAUGCCCUUAUCCUUCUGAUCAUUGGCGUUCCCGUCGGUCUUCCCGUCGUAACAACAACUACACUCGCUGUUGGUGCAGCGUACCUAGCCAAGCAAAAAGCCAUUGUUCAGAAACUGACUGCCAUCGAGUCUCUAGCGGGCGUGGACAUCCUGUGCUCGGAUAAGACAGGAACACUGACAGCAAAUAAGCUAUCUAUUUCCGAGCCAUUUGUCACGGCAGGCCAGGAUGUGAACUGGAUGAUGGCCGUCGCCGCACUUGCCUCCUCACAUAGUCUCUCCUCUCUCGACCCUAUCGACAAAGCUACAAUCUUGACACUCAAGCGAUAUCCAAAGGCGCGUGAGAUUUUGCGCCAGGGAUGGGAGACCGUGAAGUUCCAUCCUUUUGACCCAGUCUCGAAGAAGAUCACAACAGAAUGUGUACUCGGAGCCGACACAUAUAUAUGCGCAAAGGGCGCCCCCAACGCUAUCCUGAGGCUCAUGACUCCUCCCGAAGAAGACGCCAGGAAAUAUAAGGAGAAGGUCCAAGACUUCGCUCACCGCGGUUUCCGUUCUCUUGGAGUAGCCGUUAAGAAAAAUGACGAAGAUUGGACUCUUCUGGGCCUGCUGUCGAUGUUUGACCCGCCGCGCGAGGAUACCGCACAAACGAUCCUGGAGGCUGGACAGCUUGGGGUGCCAGUAAAGAUGCUGACUGGGGAUGCUAUUGCCAUCGCAAAGGAGACGUGCAAGAUGCUAUCUCUAGGCACUAAAGUUUACAACUCCGAGAGGUUGAUGCGAGGAGGGUUGGCUGGAAGCGUCCAGCGUGAUCUCGUGGAACGGGCCGACGGAUUUGCGGAAGUAUUCCCGGAGCACAAGUACGCUGUUGUGAGCAUGCUUCAAGAGCGAGGACAUCUCACGGCUAUGACUGGAGACGGUGUGAACGAUGCACCAUCUCUCAAAAAGGCAGACUGCGGCAUAGCUGUUGAGGGCGCAUCGGAAGCAGCUCAGGCAGCGGCUGAUAUUGUCUUCCUCGCGCCUGGCUUGAGCACGAUCGUCUUGGCCAUCAAGACAUCACGCCAGAUAUUUCAGCGCAUGAAAGCCUACGUUCAGUACCGAAUUGCACUGUGUAUUCAUCUCGAGCUGUAUCUGACGCUCUCGAUGAUCAUUAUUAACGAGACUGUUGCGGUCGAUCUCGUCGUUUUCCUCGCCCUCUUCGCCGACGUCGCUACCAUUGCUGUAGCUUAUGAUAAUGCGCACUGGGAACCUCGACCUGUUGAAUGGCAACUUCCAAAGGUUUGGGUGGUUAGCGUCGUCCUGGGCUUCCUUCUUGCAGCAGGAACAUGGGUCAUACGGGGGACCAUGUUUCUUUCGCAUGGCGGCGUGGUUCAAAACUUUGGAUCCGUCCAGGAAGUCCUGUUUCUGGAGAUCGCGCUAACGCAGAAUUGGCUAAUAUUUGUCACCCGAGGUGGCAGGACAUGGCCAUCUGUGCGACUGAUUCUCGCGAUUUUGGUCGUCGAUAUUAUCUCCACGCUUUUCUGCUUGUUUGGCUGGUUGUCUGGGACGGCGCAAAGGACCUCGCCGCUCGAUGUCUGGCAUCAGAGAGGGGAUGGAUGGACAGACAUAGUAACUGUGGUGGUCAUCUGGCUCUACUCGUUCGGCGUUAUUAUCUUUAUUGCCGUCAUCUAUCUGAUCCUGAACCGGAUUAGUUGGCUGAAUGAUCUUGGGAGGAAGAGCCGGAGUUAUAGGGACACUAUUGUGGAGAAUAUGCUUGGUCACCUCCAGAAGUUGGCACUUGAGCAUGAGAGGGAUGACCGGCUGGGCAGGGACAGAUACAUACUUGCAGAGAAGUCCGCUGAGGAGGAGGAGGAGCUAUGA